UAUGGAAAGGUUGGAAUUCCUUUCGAAUAAUAAAACAUUAAGGAUAUAUGACGUUAAUCUAAUGGACCAUAAUCGGUGUUUCUUCUGUUCGUACAAAGAUUCGCCAUCUGCUCAUGAAUGUUCUAAAUGCAUCUACGUUGGUCUUUUUGGUCCUAUGACUUGGAUAAGAAAAUACAAGGAAACUUUAUUGGUGAAAGAUAUAGGAUCCAAUUUCAGAUUAAAGUGUCCCACGAUCGAUAUUAAAGAUAAGCGCAAAGUUUGUGUAUCGUGGUAUUUUAAUGACAAACUAUUAAAGGCAAAUCGAAAGGGUAUCGUCAAACAAUUUAAAGGUAGAGUAAGAAUUAGGCGAAAUGGUUUAUUCUUUAAAAGAAUCUCAGAGGAAAUAAAUGGUCAAUUUAAAUGUAAAGCUGUGGAUAAAAUUGAAAGAGUAAGAUCCGUUAAUGUAUUUAAUAUAAUAGUUCCAGAGAGACUUGAUAAGAAACCAUUUUUUGAUUAUGUUAGUAAUAAUGUAACAGUUUCUGUUGGUGAAACUGUUAAUUUGGAAAUCAGUGUCGAAUCAACAUUACAUCCACUAAUAUUAUGGUUUCACAAUCCCAAAUCGAAUAAAUAUUCAAUCGAAAACGCUUUCAAAAUGAACAACAUGGAAGAGAGACAUCCUCAACAACAUAUCAUUGAGAAUGUUACUCAAAAAGAUGCCGGUGUUUAUGUUAUUACUGCUUCAAAUUAUUUUGGUACAUCAGUGGCAAAAAUAUUUGUUGACGUCAUUGAUGUUGGAAAAAACGUUGGUCAAUACAGUGCUCGAAAAAGUGAAGGUUGCCAAAUCAAGUCAAUCUCAAUAUUGCUGUUAAGUCUCCUAUCGACUAUUUCUAUUAACUUGAAUAUUCGUCCAUAUAUAAUAACAAUUGCCGAAAAAGUUGUUCAAUAA